GGAGAAGAUGAAUGCUGCCAUGCGAGGAAGGCGUGUGCCUAAAUGCCAUGUGAACGCAGCUGCAGGGAAGAGCUUGGCAGACACAGCCUGGCGGAAAUGCCAGAGUGGAUGAGGUUUGACUUUCUUAGAGAGCAGAGGGAAUAGAGGAGAAUGCGCCGGGGGAGAUGAGUGGCACCAAGGAUGACAGCCGCUGUCAGAAGGCAGUCCGCGUUGUCACCGAGCUGUGCCAGAAGAAAAGCCUGCCUAGCCUGGACCUGGACACUUGCAGGGAAUUCCUCCUCCUGCCUUCCGACCAGAGCCUGACUAUCUCCGAGCCAGAGCUCUCCGUCAGCCUCCUUGCUGUGAUAGUUAUUGCGUGUGGACUGGCCCUGGUGGCAGUUUUUCUCUUUCUCUUUUGGAAGCUGUGUUGGGUUCCCUGGAGGAACAAGGCUGUUUCUUCUCACCUGGCCGUCCCCCAGAGUGAGGCAGACUGCGGUAAGGACACCAUGGCAGACAAGCGCAAGGACACGGGUGCCCUCAGCUUCCUGGAGGCAGCGGUGAAGAUCAGCCACACAUCACCAGACAUCCCGGCGGAGGUCCAGAUGUCCAUGAAAGACCACAUCAUGAGGCGCACACGAAUCCAGAGGCAAACGACGGAGCCUGCGUCUUCCACGAGGCACAUCUCCUUCAAAAGGCACCUUCCUCGGCAAAUGCACGUAUCCAGCAUGGACUACGGUAUGGACCCACCGGCUGUGGCUGAGCAGCCAACCAGCAUCGGUCGCAUUAAGCCCGAACUCUAUAAGCAAAAAUCUGUUGACUCUGAGGACCCCAAAAAAGAGGCAGAAAAGACUUGUGGGAAAAUUAACUUCACCCUCAAGUACGACUACGAGAACGAGACACUGACCGUCCGAAUUCUCAGGGCUUUUGACUUGCCAGCCAAAGACUUCUGCGGCAGCUCAGAUCCCUAUGUGAAGAUCUACCUCCUGCCUGACAGAAAGCGCAAGUUCCAGACGCGAGUCCACAGGAAGACUCUGAAUCCCACCUUUGAUGAGUCCUUCCACUUCCCUGUGCCCCAUGAGGAGCUGGCAAGCAGGAAGCUCCACCUGAGCGUCUUUGACUUCGACAGGUUCUCCAGGCAUGACAUGAUAGGAGAAGUGAUCUUGGAGAACCUGUUUGAGGCCUCAGACCUUUCCCGGGAGACUUCCAUCUGGAAGGACAUUCAGUACGCAACGACGGAAAGCGUGGACCUGGGAGAGAUCAUGUUUUCCCUUUGUUAUUUGCCAACUGCAGGUCGCCUCACCUUAACAGUCAUUAAAUGCCGGAAUCUCAAAGCUAUGGAUAUCACUGGUUACUCAGAUCCGUAUGUCAAAGUGUCUUUGCUCUGUGAUGGGCGAAGACUGAAAAAGAAGAAAACCACCAUAAAGAAAAACACACUUAAUCCCACCUACAAUGAAGCAAUAAUCUUUGACAUUCCCCCGGAGAACAUGGAUCAAGUCAGCCUGCUUAUCUCUGUCAUGGAUUAUGAUCGAGUGGGUCAUAACGAGAUCAUUGGGGUCUGCCGUGUGGGGGUCAAUGCUGAAGGACUGGGCAGAGACCACUGGAAUGAGAUGCUGGCAUACCCACGCAAGCCCAUUGCGCACUGGCAUCCGUUAGUGGAGGUGAAGAAGUCUUUGAAAGAGUGGCACGGCCGGGCCGCAAGCUUUGACAGCCAGGGUUCCUGUCCCUCACCCAAACCACCACCCACCCCGUGAUACGGAGAGCGGCGAGGAAAACAGGACUAAACCGAGUGAUUUUUGCCCUUGGCCUACAGCCUCAGUAACGUGUUGCCGAGUCGUAGUGGCAGCAGCGAGACUUUCCAGUCUAGUUGUUCCUUCGUAAGUAAAGGCAGAAACCCGUUUCGUGGUCAACUACGUCUUUGUCUAAUAUGUCUCCCAAGGUGAUGUAUUUUUUUUGUGGCUUUUACUGUACGGAUCUGUUUCCAGAAGAGAGGAAGGAGGGCUGAGACAUGAGCUGGAAGCUUGGACUGUAAAAUAACGUGUAAAAUAGUUUGUAGUGUGUCUGAAGGCUGGAGAAGAGUAGAGAUGCUGUGUGCCCGCGGGCAGCACCAGCGGCCAGGAGAGGAGAGGAAUCGGCCCCGCUGCCGUCUGUGCCCACUCCGUUGAGUAGCAGCGAGAGACACCAGGAGCUUCUCCCGACCCGCGAGCAGCUCCUGGCUGUUGUGGUCAGCCCCAGCCCAGCCGCCUGCUCACGGCUUUCCCGUCCGUGUAGCGGUGUUACGAGCUGUCAGCAGUUUGUGCAGUGUGUAUCCCACGUUCCUGGUGUCACGUAUACGAAAUGCCCUCAAUUCCUUAGGGCAGAAAACUCGGGUUUUGCCCUGUAUUUGAAGUUUCUUUAGAGCUACUUGCAUGAACAAUUUCUCAAGACCCCUCUGUAGCUGCCACACAUCCCCCGUACAUCACCCCGUUAUCCGGAGCGCAGUGGAGAGAACAGCUUUGUCGCGAGUUGGGUUUGGACAUAAAGCAGGAAAGAUGCUGCAGAAAUAGGUGACAUCCUUGCAUGAACACUAGGUCUUCAUUUUUUGUAUCAUCCGAGCAACGAAGGAUGAACAAAAGGGGAAAUGGAAAUACAGAAACACAACCAAAGCUAAAAAAAACCCCAAACAUCCACGCUGUUUUCUUGAGUGAUCAGCACUUCCUUAAUGAAAAAAAGUUUCUGAGGCCCAAACCCUGGAGGAAGAUCAAGUUUCGAGAAAAAUGAAACUUCGCUGGUUCCUUGGUUGCUGAGGCCAAAGCGAAAUUAAAACAUCCCAAGCAGCACUAGCUUUGCAAACACAGCUCAGCCAGCCGCUCUUUAGCAGGCAGCUGAGGAUUCCGGACACUUUCUCACUAUGGAUUUUAAUCUGAGUUAAUAAAUACAUUUGUGCUGUUUGUUCCACCGUAAUUUAAUUAAGUAAAUGCAAAUAUUUUGGUUUCAAGUGAAAACAAUAUUAGCUAGCAAGGCAGCCUUUUCUCCUCGCAUGGGGUGAGGAGAAAGCAUCCAUUGGCCACAACCUUCAGGUCAGCUUCGGUUUCCAUUUCGCUAUAUGUCACAGCAUCAGCCAUCACCGAGUACCGUGAUCGGCAGAGAAGGGUCCUUGUUUGCAUCAUUUUUUCUGGAUGAGAUGAAUCCUUUGCUCACUGAAGGACAAACACAUAAUUUCUCAUCACACCCGGUGUCUUAAUUCUCUUUAUGUGCCACACGCUAUAGGAGCAGAAACUCAAUAAAAGGAUUUUAUUUGUAAGUCUUGCCUUGCCUUGUGGAACUCUUCCUUUUGUGAAAGCAGUAACUGUGUGUUCUGUGGUUUUAGAUGGUUUCAGUUAUCACAGCAGAUACUCUAAAAUGUAAUAAUGACAGACCCUGGUGUGGUGAGAGGCACAGCAAGGGCAGACAGCGUGAUUCGGAGCAGACGCUCCUUCGCCCAUAAACUCUGCAGUUCUUGGUCUUCCUGGAAGAGGCAACACACAUCCCUUGGGGAACGGCCGAGCAUCGGUCACAGAAAAAAAACGUAUGUAUUUCAAGCACUUACAGUUCACUGAAACGAAAAGGUAGUAAAACUACAUUAGCUUUCCGGCACGAGGAGCCCUGUAAACAUCUACCGAGGGACCUGGCUGGGAAUGUCCCUUUUUGAGACAACUCAACUGUUCUGGGAAAGUUCUGGAUCUUGUUAUAGGAAAGACUUUCUACCCGUUCAGAAUCAUGAACUUACAGUGGUGGGUGGUUCAGAACUGACCGCAAUGCCCCUGACCCAUGGCUUGAGCUGAACCCUGCCUCGGGUGGUUCACGCCGUGAGGUGGGAGUGCCUCUUGGAGCACCGUAGAUCAAAGCUCCUGUAAUGCCAGACACACCUAGAAGAAGCCUCGGCAGCGUCCCAGCUGGGUGCAAGGACAGCAUUUGACGAUCUCUAAUUGCACUAACCCACUUAGAGCCUUUUCUUCUUUAAUCCCGGCUUCUCGGGUUUUGGUGCUCUCUGUGCAAUCUCUGUCUUUUACCCAUUCUUCUUGUUCUCUAGGAUUUAGUCAAAACAUACGUGGGGUUUGACACAAAGCCUCUAUUUUUAAGCCUUGCUUCACACUGAUAAUCAAUUCCCACUCAAUACUGGCUGUCACUUGUGUUUCUGGAAAACUGGAUUUCACGCCAGUGAACCACACCCACGCCCGGAUAGCUCAGCCCCCUGCACUCACGCUUUAAACGCUGAGAUGCUGCCACGUCCCUCAGCGUGGGGAUAAUCAAACCAUUGUGUGUUUGUCGUUGCUUCAACACAGCCACUCGAGAAGAUUGGUCACUCUAAUGGAAAUGAGAUAUACUGUACAAGUACAAACAUUUCCCUUUCAUCUCGAGAGGGAUUAUAACUCCAAAAAGGAGCUGAGCCCGGCACAAGCGCCAUACAAGGAUUAGUUAAUUUGCUUUCUUGCUCCUCACUUUCCAUCCCACUCUUAACCGUACAAUAAGACCUCACAGAGCAGCUUAAAUUAUUACCAAGCAGGAUAAGGAAACCCAUCACGGGGCCACAUCCCUCGGGGGAAUUGGUUGUGGGACUCGCCGCAGAGACAAAUUUCACUCCUCGGGAAGGACACCCGGUGCUGCCUGUGUUGCUCCAGGGCCGGAUGCACCAUCCCAGGCUGCCAGGGAGACUGAUGCCAGGCGGCCCCGAUGUGUGGCCACCGGGAGUACGGAACAAGUACUGGCUCCUGGUCGUUUGCAGAGUUCACAAGAAGCCACAAAUGAAUAGCCUAUUUUAUUUUGAGUACUGCAAGCAAAAUAAACACACAGCAGCGCUCCCAGACUUUCCUUUUUUUUUUGUUAUUAUUUCCCCUUUCUUUUUAGUUUUAGCCUCACAGUCUCCGAUUUCAUAGAACAAAGUCUGAAUGCAGGAAGGGCAAGAGAUACUGGCGUGAGGGCUGCCUCUUAAUUACUGGCUUAAUGAUGGGGACAGGGGGAGAAGUGGAACCCCACUGGUCCCUUGCGCUGCUCUGUACAAGUCCCACCCAUUCAUGAACAAAGGAACUCAGUAUACGAGAAAAAAGUGAAAAACCACCAACGGAGGGUGAGUUUGAGCUGUGGUGAAGUUCUGCUUCUCACACUGCGCAGGGAGCUGGGAUGGGGCAGGAGCAGCUGUUCCCCACGAUGUCUGCGCUCAUAUCAUAAGGUAAUAAAUUAAACAGCAAAUCACAGCUCAUUUGAGAAAAGUAUAACCCCAUUCUUUGCUAUCUUUAUCUCCAUUCUCUCUCUGUUCUCCAUUUUUUUCCACUUUUGUUAUUUGCUCUCUUAAUCGUCUCUCUAAUCCGGCAGUCCCUGCCUUCUCAUUCUCAUUCUGCUGGAGGUUUUCUCUCCAGGGCCCUGAUCGUUCUUCCUGCCAUUAAGAUGAUCCGUAGCUGUAUGGUUGUGCUCCGAUUUAAAUGCCGGGUCAGGGAUUUGAUUUCUAGUUAUAAUGCAUCAUGCGAGGAUGACCUCGCUGGGACUAGACACUCUGUCAUUUAUACGGAGUCACCGCUCCAAAGUGCACAAACCCCAUCGCUAUGGUU